AUGAUUAGUAAUAAAGAAAACUUACAAAAAUGUGAUCAUUGUAAAGGGUGGUACUCUAAAGAAAAUUUUGUUGGAUUGCGAGGAAGAAGCGUUAAAUCAUGCAACAAAUGUCGAGAAUCAAUUAAUAACACCAAUAAAGUAAAAGCAAAAAAUAAUGAAUCUAAACAAAUUAAACGAUGUCAAGAUCAUGCUUACAAAUGGGAAGAGCUUGUGGAGGUAUUAUUAGGUUUUUUGAAACUUUAUAAAGAUUUUGAAGAUGCAAAACCUUGUGAGCAGAUAUUUAAUGUGGAGAUUACGAUUUUUCUUGAUGCUUUCCUUGAUCAAAUUGAAACUACUGACAAAGAUGAAAGUAAUAAAAUUGUAGCGUAUCAAGUUAUAGAGCUUAUUUCCAAGGCAGAUGGAUAUACAUAUAUUUACUAUACUCGUGACAAGUUAAAAGAGGAUACUGAACCUCGACUUUUACGAUUUGAAUGUGAAGAUUCUAUCCUUAUUACAAUUAAGCGGUCUCAUAGGUUGAUUUAUAUUCGUCUCAAGGAAUACAAAAUUGUUGAGGACCAAGCUGAAUCAACUAUUCAAUAUCUUUCAAGGCAUCCAAU